UACUCUGGUGUAAACAAAUCGCGGCGUGGAAGAAGCGCGUUUGGCGUGGAGUCGACAAAUGGAAACGCCGAUUGUAACUUGUUUCAGUGAAAGCGAAGCAGCCAGCGUGUAUGAGCCUGCCGAGGACAGUUUUCUUUUAAUUGAUGCUCUGGAAAAGGAGCUACCCGAAAUUGUCAAGAGGAGGCCGUCACUAUGCGUCGAGGUUGGCUCCGGUUCAGGGAUUGUUAUUGCAGCCAUAGCAAAAGCGUUAGGCCGCAGUUGUUGCUUCAUAGCCACUGACAUAAAUGAAAGGGCUGCGGCAAUGACGAAAAGAACUUGUGAAAGAAAUGGAGCGGACGUUGCCGUCGUUGUUAGCGAUCUCGUAGGAUGCCUUGCCGACCGCCUUGAAAAGAAAGUGGACCUUCUGGUUUUUAAUCCGCCUUACGUUGUAACGCCAACCGAAGAGGUGCAAGGUGAUCAGCUGCUGACUCGAUCCUGGGCAGGCGGCACAAAAGGCCGCGAGGUCAUGGACAGGCUGGCUCCAUACGUGUCUCAAUUACUGAGCGAUCAUGGCUUGUAUUUUCUACUUCUCAUCAAGGAAAAUGACCCUGAUGAUGUCUGCAAGUUGAUGUCCACACAUGGCCUACAGGGAAAAUGUGUUAUUGCUAGGCGAUGUGGAGCAGAACACCUUAGUGUCUUGCGAUUUGAAAAGUGCAUGAAUAAAUCCUGACAGUCCACAUUGUUAA